GUGAGCGAGCGAGCGGCGGCGCAUGCUUCAUGAAUGAGUCCCCCCUCCACCGCCACAGCAGGUCGGACCCCCCCCCCAUCCGCCUGCACCCCGAUGCCCGUGUGGGUGCGCAGCCCGGCGGCGAACAGUAGAGGAGCCAGCCGCCAAUGAGCCCGGACGGUAAACACUCGGCACCGGAGCUACAUGACCGUUUCAUCCCAUCAGGAACCACACGACAGGAUAAGAUGCUUGAUGGACUCAGGCGGAGGCAUGCCUCCCGGCCCUCCUCCAGACCCCUGUCACUCAACUUCAGCACCUUCUCUGCCCCUCCCCCGAGCCCCGACAUGGACAGCAGCAGCGAGCAUCCAAUCAGGAGGACUCUGCACCGGCUGAAGCUGAUGAGCUCCCCCAGCCUCAGCGAGCUGGGGAAGAGCGAGAAAAGUUCUCCAGAGGACAGAGGAGAGAAGCAGAAGAGGGCAGGAGCCAACGCCACCUGGAACAGCAUCCACAACGCUGUCAUCGCAGUCUUCCAGAAGAAGGGUUUGGCAGAUAACGAACUCUACACGCUCAACGAAGGUGUCCGGCAUCUGUUGAAGACUGAGUUGGGGUUUUUCUUCACAGAAUACCUUCAGAACCAGUUGCUGACAAAAGGCAUGGUCAUCCUGCGGGACAAGAUAAGGUUCUACGAAGGUCAGAAGUUACUCGACUCUCUGGCAGAGACCUGGGACUUCUUCUUCUGUGAUGUUCUCUCGAUGCUGCAGGCCAUCUUCCACCCGGUCCAGGGGAAGGAGCCCUCUGUCCGACAGCUCGCGCUGCUUCACUUCAGGAACACGAUAGUCUUGAGUGUAAAGUUAGAGGACGCCCUGUCUCGACCUCGGGCCCGUGUGCCCCCCUCUGUCACACAGAUGCUGCUUAUUCUACAGGGGGUCCAUGAGUCCCGUGGUGUGAAUGAGGAGUACCUGCGGCUGGAGUCCUUGAUUCAGAAGGUUGUCUCGCCCUACCUGGGCACGCAUGGGCUUUACUCUGCAGAUGGUGCCGAGGCCAAUUGUUGUGUUCUGGAAAAGCGUUUACCGUGGGGCUGGUCCAAGUCUGCUGACCAGCCGUCUAAAAACCCUGUGGUACGAUCGAAAAGCUACAAUAUCCCUCUGCUGCUGACCCCUGUGGCUGAGUAUGACCCAGAUGCCAGCUCUGUUGGCAGCGGAGGAAUUCGGCGCCACUCGGCCUGUGAGAUUAUCACAUGCCUGGAGGAACAAGGUCUGGCCUACGCAGACUUGGCCUCAGGCUCUGAACUGUCUGGCCCCUCCUCCAACAGGCUGUGUGUGGGCUCUCACUUCAACGGUAUCGUACAAGCGGGGGCGAGUGCUAUGGCAUUGCCUCUGUCGUCUGCCUCUAUCCUUCCCCUUCAUUCCUCAGGAGCUCUGCACGGCACUGAGGCCACGACAACAAUGACUGAUCUCAGUAAGGGAGCGUCCUCCACACCGCCCAGUGAAUCAUCCAGCCCUGAAACCAUAAUUGGACAAGUGCUAGAGUCUGCAGACUCAGACUCAGAUGGGAUAUUUAUUGAUUUCCCACCUCACUCUGCGGAGUCGAUGGGGUACAGCCGCGAGAGCAGGCAGAGCACUGUGUAGCUGUGGUUGCCUUUAGGAACCCCCCCGCCCCCUCCUCCUCAUUCCAGUGUGUACGGUAAUAAUCUGUGAGACAGAUUUAAGAAAUAUCACAACUACAUUUCAUUAAAGUGGUACCAUCUUCUUUUCUUAUGAGUCCAUUUCAAGUGCUUUCACUGGUGAGUGAAAACCUCGCAACUCUUAAGUUUUCAACUUUUUAAGAACUAAGAAAAAAAUCUUUGUCCAACAAAAUACAAAUGCCAGUUGACUUAUCGUUAAAGGACUGAAAUGUUUUACCAGGUAAGGUUUCUCUAUAAACCUAAAUAAAUCAGAUUAUGUCCUUAAAGGUCCAGUGUGCAGGAUGUAGGGGCAUCUAUUGACAGAAAUUGCACAUAAUAUUCAUAACUGUCUUCAUCAGUGUGUAAUCACCUGAAAAUAAGAAUCCUUGUGUUUUCGUUGCCUUAGAAUGAGCUGUUUAUAGCUAUACUUGAAGCAUAUCCUGUCCCACAGAGCCCGCCAUGUUGUUCUACAGUAGCCCACGACGGACAAAUCAAACUCUAGCUCUAUAUAGGUCCAUAGUAGUUCUUCUACACGCUUGGCACACGUGAGAAGUUUGAGUUCCGCAACCUCACCACUAGCCAUGUGCACAAUUAGACUGGUAGAUAAAGUCAGCACCAGAAAUACUGGCAAGUUAAAUUUAUCAUUUAAAUUAUUAUUAUUUUAUUGACACACAUUUAAACUGCAUAUUGACAUAAUUUGCACUGAAGUGUCAUGUCUUCCUAGUCAAAUGUUGCUUUAUAAAAAAAAACAAAAAAACGAGCAUCUGUUAGCUGCUAAAUGCAGGAAAAAAAAUAGCAAGGUGUAAAGUUGGACAAAUAGGACAUCUCAUAGAAUCACAGUGGUUGGUGGUAUUUUAAUUUUAUCAUGUGAGCUGUUGUCAUGUUAUAUAGGGUAACACACAAGGCUCAUAAAGCAGAGCGCAAGUGCCACACAUUUCUGCGGCGUUUAAAUACGCUAGGGUUAUUGAAAAAUGUGAUUAACAAUUUCAAAUGGCUCUUGUGAUAUACCCAACAACUUUUUCAGUUUAAACCUUAAAGUUUAAAAUGUGCUUAAUUUUGACUGUUUUCAUUUUAGAGACGUCAGUCAUUAGGAACAUCCCUGUUUACCACGAGAUGCAAGUACUACACACACUGGACCUUUAGGUGAUAAAUCAAUCAUAAAUUAAAGCAUUCUAUAUUUUUUAUAUUGACAACAAAUCCCUUGAAAAGACCAAAAUCCAGAGUAAAGUGAUCCCACAGGUUUCGCCUCUGUGACCAAAACCCACUCUUAUUCCACUGACCUUGUCACCUCAGACCUUGAAUUUUGUCCGAAAAACGACUAGAAACAAACAAUGAGUCACACAGCUGCACUGACAUGUUUCUACAUUUGAUUGAACAUGAGCACUGUAGUUGAUUUUGAUUGUUGGAAGUGUAAAUGCUCACUAAUCAACAAAUGUGUCUUAAUCUGUGUCUAAAAACAGUCUCGAACAAAUGCACUAUUUACUCCUGUUUAAGUAACUUGAGUAACUAAUGAAAACUGCAGUGUUCAGCUUUUUAGAGGAACUAUUCAGCCUUCUUUAAAUUUAAACUGUAUAUGUGACCCAUUUUAAAGAUUUAUGUCUUCAAUAGAAACACAUGGGUUUGGGGCUGAGUGUCACAGACAUACCAGGAGAGUUAAAGUAUUGAGGGAGAGACUAAUACAUUGAUGGUUUUUGGUCUUUACAUGAGAUUUAUUGACAAAAUAAGAAAUACACAGUAUAGUCCAUAUUAUCCUUUGACCCACAGAGGAGCAUGUAAUCCCUUAACUGUAAUUAAAAUCACUAAACUGGAGUUAUGAGGUUUUCAAACAGCAUCAGUUUUCUACCUCUGCUGAGGAGGUGGCUAUUACAGCCGUCAUUUACAUUUUUACUUUGGAAAAAUGACAGAAACUUUGCUUAUUUAUCAUGGAUUUGUUUUGUAUAUGUUUGUCUUUUGAGCCUCACAACAGUUUUAUAUUUUCUGUUUACACUCUGUCAUCUGCCUCUGGGCAGUAACACAGUAAUGAGGUCUUCUGCUCGCUGUUUUGUACGACAUCUAAUGAAAAUGUGGACUGUUGGAAUUGUUUCUAUUGUCAGCAGUGGUAAUAGAGGUCUAAUGCAAACUCCUCUUAGAGCGAGCAUCAGUGUGACAGCUUUUCGGUAUUAGCUCUGUACAGCGGGAGUUUGAGGAAUGACGAUGUUUAUUGUUUACAUUUGAUAAAGACAUGAACAUUUUGACUGAAUGUCGUCUCACACUGUAUUUUGCACCACCACUACCUUGUAAAUAAAAAUGCAUUGUUGGUUUUUAGGACAGCUAGAUCGUGUAAAGUGAGCUUUUACCUUUAAAUGAAUUGAGAUUUUAAUAAGGGCUUUUUAACGGAAUCUUUUUCAAAUGAUGUUUUACCUCAAGCGUUUUGUACUUUACUUUUUUUGACAAUCUAUGAUGUCUACGGAGUUGUACUUUGUAUUAAUUUGUUAUACUAGCCCAGUAAAAAUUAAAUAAAUUUUAAUAGUAUUUAAAAA